AUGGACAGGAAACCAAAUAAUCAAAAACGAACAAACAACUGGUUACAUUAUCCGGCAACCCCCAAAGUGCCCAAAGUGGAAAUCCUGGGUGAAGCUGACAUCUACGUGAAAGCGGGGAGCAAUGUAAAUUUGAAGUGCGUUAUCACACAGAGCCUGGAGGAGCCUGCAUACAUAUUCUGGUACCACGAUGGCCAAAGGGUACUCGAAUAUGACAAGAGUUUGAUUGACAUCAGAACAGAACGAGUCGGUAGCGAUACCACGGUCGGCACUCUCAUUAUCUACGAGGCGAGAAGAGAGAAUUCGGGCAAUUACACCUGCAAUCCCUCAAAUUUGGACUCGUCCAGCGUACUUUUACACGUGCUUAACGGAGAGCAUCCAGCUGCUAUGCAGAGGGGAAAGAAUUCAGCCUCGCCAAUCCCUGGAAGGUGGUGGGGUCCACUAUCAGCAGGUUUGGGCUUGAGCGCCUGCCUCCCACCAAGGACAGCGACUGCAGCUGUCAUAGCCAUCGGCAUUUUGGGUCACAUCAUCUUUACAUGAGUACCUUACCCAGCCUCAUUACACACUUGCUCAUAAACAGACUGAGUGAACCCCAGUAAAAUUGCAAUUGCAGUCCUGAAUGGUGAAAAUAUAUAUAUAUAUUAAUGAUGUUAAAAUUCCAUGAUUCCCAAACCUUGCCUAUUAUGAAAUUUGUUCCUUUUUUCUCUUUCCGUUCCUUUUUCCUAGUACAGGAAUGACUUGUGUUGUAGGCCAAUGCAUGUUUUUGAGGGUAAACCUGCUGGGAAAUGUAAACUAUAAUAAGUUAACAAUAAUCUAGGUUAGUUUGAGAAUUGGAUAAACUUCCAAAAUCAAAAAAUUGUAUAUUUUUUGUGUCACACAGUCCAAUAAAACUGUGGCAAUUACGUUUCUACAAUUACAACUAUUUUAUUUUAGUGGAUCAUUAUUGC